AUGGCUCCAGAAACUGCAAUCACCAUUACUUCAACUGACCUUCAAUAUUUGCGAGGACGGAAAAGCGAAGAGAUGGAACAACCAGGAGCUCCCGACCUACGAAUUGCCUUUCAAGCUAGGAAGCCUGGUGCGGGCCCUGUUGUGAAGAGGCUUAGGGAUGCGAAAAAGACCACUCCUGUAGCAGGGAAUACCUCAAAAUUCCCAGCUAAGAGCAAGGACACGAGCUCAACUCAUGAGCCAGCUACGGUGAAUGUUGUUACCGAGCCAUUUCCCCCUCUCGAGAGAUGCUCCCACCUCCUCAAAGCCGCCUUGAAUGCUGCCAAGGAAAGUGAGGAGGCUGCCAAAGCUGCCCUGACAGCUGCUCAAAAGAAUGAGCAAGCUACCAAGGCUGCUCUCACCACCUCCCAAGAAAAUGAGCAGGCAGCAAAAAUCGCAUUAUCUGCCUCACAAGCCCAGGCCAUUAAAGCUCAGGUCAAGAUUGGUGAGCUUAAAGCAAGACUACUCGAGGUCGAGAUCAAAGCCAAGGAGGAAAGGGCAGCAUCAUCAUCAUCCAUGGAGGAGAUGCUAUACCAGUGCUAA